AUGAGCCAAGAAACACUUCAGUACCAAACCUUUUUGAGUGGCGUGCCUUGUAAGACAAGCAACAGAAGAUCUUCUGCAAUUGUCCGCAGGCUGAGUUCCUCCCGGAAAAUAAAACGUGAGCUGGCGGAUGCUGAGGGACGGCCAGCUUUCAUUCUUCGUGGUGAAGUAGCAGAGGGUGUUUAUUCAUUGAGUGAGGAAAAAACCACAGAGCUUCGUCACUCGGCUGUUCACACAGCAAGCAACGAUUUGCAUUCACCUAAUGGGAGCGCGUUGGUGAGGGGCACCAAGUGUCCGACCAACAAGUCUGAGUUGGGUUCUUCGGCUGCCAUGGUGCGGGAGUACAUUACUAUUUCAGACAGCAGCGAAGACAGCAGCAGGUGCAGCUCGCCUCCACCGCGUGUAAAUAAGCAGAAACAAGAACAAGGAGACGGGAAUAGGGACCUCUCCAUGCAUCGCAGGACGACUCCAAAGGGACUGCUGAGGGUGCAACCACCGUUAAGCAACAGUAGCCCUGCUUCUUGCAAAAGAAGAGGCAACAGCCAAGACUCACGCAUCAGGUAUAACGACUUCAGCAGAGGCUAUCGAGCGGAAAGGUCGGGUGGAGGGAAGCGGCGUAGCAGGCUUUUGAUGAGCCCUUCGUUUCCUCUACCGGCCCCAGGGGGAAACGCAGGAAGUGUGCAGGAGUUCUGUUUAUCUCGCGCGCGGCAUGUCUCCUCAAGAGAUGCACGUUGUAGUCCUUGUGUACGAGUAGAAGAAGUAGGAGUAGCUACACAGCCACUAGCGCCAGAACAUAUGCUGGAGGUCAGUGAGGAGCAUUUGCCGGAUCCAAAGACCCCGCAUGAGGAAGGCCCUGGGAUUCCUGGGAUCCCUGCAGCAGCAGAAGGCAGGAGCCCUAAAAUAAUUCCAUCAGCUGUCUCAGAUUGGCCAGAAUGCGUCGUGAGUAUGCUGGGCCCCGAUGUGUUUAAUUUGUUGAAGGAAGAACCUGGGCUCGUGCAUGCAACGAGCAAGACGUCAGGGAUGUCUUUGUUUCACCACAUUCUGCGACGCCCAAGCAAAGAUGAUGAACAAGUGCUUGAGCUGCUCAAGUGCAUUUAUGAAGACAAGCCCUUGCGGGAACGCGUUUCCUUACCUUCGUUGUAUGCUCUCAAGUGCGACAAGGGUCAAACUCUGGCUUUCUAUGCCGCGGCCUAUGGCCAUGCCAAAUGCCUCAAGUGGAUUCUCGAGCAAAUUGGUGGCGCGAGCCGUCAGAGGCAGUUUCUUGACAUUCGCGACAGUGAGGGGGACACUCCGUUGCACUACGCGGUAAAGAAUGGCCACGUGAAUGUGAUAGAGCUGCUAUUGCAUACCGUGCCAGAGAUGCUCAACAAGCAACGCAACAACGGCCAAACGCCUCUCUUCGACGCAAUUGAACGGCCUGCGAUUGUGCGGCUUCUUCUGCGUCGUGGAGCUGAUCCUCGCGUGAAAUGCAAUAGGGGUUUGACAGCACUUGAAACAGCUGCUGAUGAACUAAGAUGGAAACGUCUAUGCUCGAGCCGCAGCUGCAAGACGCUGCCGAAACGCCUCUCCUUUUCAGUGCAUCUGUUGAAGAAAGCUGCAGGUGAGCUCAGCAAAGGAGGCUCUAGCGGCAGCAAUAGAAGUGAUGAAAGCGCUUCAAAAAGUAGUACUGUAAGCACCGCGGGAUCAUCUUAUCAAUCAAAGCCUGCAGAAGCCAACAUGAUGAAUGCAGCAGUCGACGACGAAAGGUUUUAUCGAGAUCAACGCGUUGACUGUCAGUUAGAAUCGCACCCGGUAGCCAAUGCGGAAUGUUCAAAAGGUGGAAUUCCAGCCUCACCAAGUGGCGCUGCUGAUUGGCAGCAGUCUGACAGCAGCACAGACAGCAGCAACCGCAUCAGACCCUCCAUUGAUGGAGACACUUGA